UCACACGUCCAAAAACCAGGCGCGAUACCAUCCGUUUCAUGCGCCAGUCCUUCAGACGUACCAGAUUGCUCUUGCACCUGCACCAACGGCAUAACAUUCAACCAAGCCCUUUCGAUUCCCGGUUCUGGUCCGGGUGCUUCCCCCGAAUGUCAGAGUGAGAAGGAAGCCUGUCUCUUGCGCGAGCAAGAACUCGCC